ACUUUGUUCGGCCAUGUUUUGCUAAAGUCGUGAGGUGUCAUCUUUUUUCGUGAACGUCAAAAAACAGACAAAAAAUAAGAACAUAACUUUUAAAUAAAAAUUCCGAUAAAUAAAUGAAUUUAUUUCUAAAAUAUAUUUGAUCGAUAUACAAAAAUUGAAAAUAUCAAAAUAGUUAAGAGAAAACAUUUGUAAACGAGAAAAGAACGAAAAAACAAAAUGAAUCGUACCGAUGGCCUAGUGCGAAGAGUAAAGGCUCGUGAUACAUCAGCAGAAGGUGGCAAUGCAAAUACAACCGACGAUAAUCAGGACUCGCUGGACAAUAACAAGGACCAAGAAGACAACAUUGACGAUGGCGAUUCGAAAGAAACCCGUCUAACUCUUAUGGAGGAAGUUUUAUUGUUGGGUCUCAAAGAUAAAGAGGGUUACACAUCAUUUUGGAAUGACUGCAUAUCUAGUGGCCUUCGUGGAUGCAUCUUAAUUGAAUUAGGACUCCGUGGACGUGUGAUGAUGGAAAAAGCUGGCAUGCGCCGUAGAGGAUUGUGUUCAAGGAAACUGAUACUUAAGUCGGAUACACAAACAGGUGAUGUUCUCCUUGACGAAGCUUUAAAGCACAUCAAGGAAACAGAUCCACCAGAGACUGUUCAAAGUUGGAUUGAAUAUUUAAGUGGUGAAACAUGGAAUCCACUUAAACUAAGAUACCAACUUAAAAAUGUCCGCGAAAGACUCGCUAAAAAUUUAGUUGAAAAAGGUGUCCUUACCACAGAGAAACAAAAUUUUCUCUUAUUCGAUAUGACAACACAUCCACUUAGCGAUAACGUUAUUAAAUGUCGAUUAGUUAAAAAGAUACAAGAUGCUGUGCUUUCAAAAUGGAUUAAUGACCCGCAACGAAUGGACAAACGCAUGUUGGCGCUGAUAUUUUUAGCCCAUGCUAGUGAUGUGCUAGAAAACGCAUUUGGUCCUCUAAAUGACGAUGAUUAUGAAGUGGCAAUGAAACGAGUGAGAGAACUUCUUGAUUUGGAUUUUGAAGCUGAAGCAGCUAAACCAAACGCAAAUGAAAUUCUAUGGGCUGUAUUUAUGGCAUUUACGAAAUAAUCGCAAAUAUUAAAAUGCCAGCUCUUUUUUUAUAUUCAUAAAAUUAUGUUUUAAUUAUUUUUUAAUAAAUAAGAUAUUUUAUUCUCUAUUUUUUCCCAUUAAACAAAAAUUAAAUAAAUAAAAAAUCAAAAACAAAAAUAAAAAAAAAAGAAAUUACAAAACAAAUUGUUAAAUCAUGAUGAUACAAACAAAAAUUUAAUAAAUUUAAGAAUUAUUGAAAUCUUGGUUGGGAUUUUUUAAAAAUAAAGACAAAAAUAAUAAAAAAAUAUUUGUAUAGUUAAAUAUUAAAUAACUGCGAAAUAAUGAAUACUAACAUAUAAAAAAAAAAGAAAAACAAAAACACAGAACUAAAAAUCACAUCUGAGAGCUUUCUUUUGUAAAAACAAAACUUAGGAACACACAAUUUGUUUUCAAUUAUAAUUAAAAAAGAAAAAAAAACUCAAACAGCUGAGUAGUAAUAAAUAUAUAUAUUGGUAAUAUUCUCCUUAAAAAUGAAAAUCAAUUUUUUGAUUAUUUGAAAUUGAAAAAUAAUAAAAAACAAAAAUA